AUGAAGAAGCUGGGUGCUGCAGGUACAGCUAAAUUUCAGUGCGGAUUAGAGGAACAAACAAACACCAUUCCACAUCCUGCAGAGCUGUUCCUAUUUCGAAGAAGCACACCAGAAAGAAUAAGUAAGUGGCAAACAUUCAUCAAAGAACAAGAUGAAACAGGAAUAAGUUCCUUAAUUGAACGAGGAAUAUUACCAAAUAAGGAUGAUCUGGAUCUUGCCUGUUAUAAAUUUGGAAGACGAUCGCAAACGUUCUCAAAUAUUCUCACUUUUACAUGCAAACAUAUCAAAUCGCUGUCUAGUAAUAUAUUUAAUGUCUGGACUUCAUAUGAUACUAAUGAGCUUGAAAAGAGUGGCAAAAUACAUAUAGUAUUCGUUGUUAUAACCGAAUGUGCUGCAUCCAUUCCCGAAGAAAUAAGUCGUGCUUACACUAUUUGUAAACGGCAAAAACAGGAAACUAGUAUGGAGAGUAAGGAAAUAUUGGAAAGUCGAUUGUCCGAUGUAUCACAAGGGAAAAACGGCGAAAUAACAGAAAGUAUCCUUGACAAACUUAGUAGCUGUGUUACGAACAAUGCAAAUUAUCUUAUGGAAAAACACAACAAUAUCAACGCUAUAUGUCCUAACACAAAAAAGUCAACUGGUUUCGGGACACCCAACCACAAAAUUAUUGAUAUACCAUGCAUUACUAUAUACGUGCACGUAAAAGGUUUGACACCAAUAACAGAAGAUCCAUUUCCGAAGCAGAUAUGUGGAUUUCAAACUGAUGUCACCGAAGAAAAAUUGUCACUGUUUCAUGGGGGACCACAUGAUUACCACAACAAUUUGAAAAUGGGUACUGCUAUCCAUGCAAACAUUAGAACACCAACCGGGGUUCUUGGUGGAACUCUAGGAUGUUUUCUAGAUCACAAACAAUUCGGGUUAUGCUGUAUAACUAGUUCACAUUUUGUCUUGAAUGCUGCCGAAAUAAGACGAAUUCAAAAUGAGGACGGUAGUUUUGACAUGAGGCAUUUACAAAGGCAAGUUUACCAACCAUGUGGCGUAAUAAGUGAUAAGUUUUCAUUCGGCCAACUUAUAUCGGUUGUAUACAGGGAAGGAGAUGACUCAUCUCCUGGUGUGGAGGCUGCAUUGAUUCAGAUAUUUCGAAGACCACCUAUGAGAGGUGAUUUUCCAGAUGCUAACAAUUAUGCUGAUGCAGGCUUUGAUGAAAGCCAUCCACUGCUGUUCAACUCCGGAAACGUGUGCGAUGUAUGUCAUAAACACAAACACUUAAUUGUGUACAAGUUUGGAAUAAGCACGGGCUGCACAAGAGGUUGCCUUGGUUUACACGGUGGUUCAAUCCGAAAAACCGAAGUGGAAGAAGAUACAUGUGUGUAUAAACUGCGUAAUCAGUUGGAAAUUUUACCUGCUGGUCGUACACCCUUCGCAACCGAAGGGGAUUCUGGGGCGCUUCUUAUGAUUCAGGAUUACGCGAAUGAUUCUACAGCCAUCGGUAUUGUGACUGGUGGGUUUUCAAAUGGGACGGUAUUUGUGACGCCAAUAUGUGCAAUUCUAGAUGCUUUUGGUUGCCCACGUUCCUUAAAAUCAUUUGCAGAAACUGCCAGUCUAACUGACUCAGGCACAUCCAGUAUGCCAGAGGAAAUGGAGGGUAUCGCUAGUACACUAGUCUAAAUAUUCAUUAUGCAUAUCAUAGUGUGAUAAUGCACAACAUUUCUCUGUCAAAUGUAAUUAACGGAAAUUGCAUUCAAAGAUGUCUUUUUCAGAAUAUUUUCAAUAAACGGAUUUUUGUUUGGUUCAGCAUCUGACCAUUUACAAUUAGUUAUGUUCACUCAGCGCAUAACAUAGCAGUGGAACUAAAAAUACAUGUAGGUACUACCUAUUUAGAUAUAUGUGUUUUAACUGCGUCAAAGUACAUUGACUGACAAAUGUAUUAAAUUAUCAUUUCCUGAAGAAAAAAAAUUGAUCCCUGGUAAAUUAUU